AUGAAGCCUUCUGUGUGCUCUCUGGCAAUUUUGGCAGUCUCCGUGUUCACGGUGACGUGUGUCUCGCCCGUGCUUGGUGCAACGAAUGUCAGUGGGAGAAUCGAGUUGCUUCCGCCCCCCGAGUCACUGCCUCCCAAUUCCUUUUUGACUAUUCAAGUGGCUGACACCAGCCGAGCUGACGCUGCAGCUACCGUGGUUGUGUCUGUACAGCAGCCCAUCACUGACGUGUAUAAUUCUGAUCACGAGUUGACCUACUCACUUUUUUUACCGGAGGGUCAGCGAGGACCGCUGACCGUCUCGGCGUGGUUGAACGUCGGGUGGCAGUCCACGCCAGUAGAUAGGAUUCACAGGGGUGACUAUUUGACAACAUCGCAUUUUGGGUUUGAUGCUUCCCCCAGUAGAAGCAGUUACAGAGUCAAUCUUUCCCUGAAGCGGUACGACUAA